CGCGGGGCGCAUGGUGACUUUGAGAGCACUUAACACUCUGAGAAGUUAUUACAGAUAUUUCCAGGUCAACAUGCGAGGUGCCCGAGAAUUCGCUCUCGUUCUCCUAUUCGCUUUUGUUUUCAGCGAGCCUGAUUCAUUUGAAGGGUAAGUAAUCUCAGAGAUAUUUUUCUACAACAAACUUUAUACUCAUCUUGAUUUUCAACUAGGAAUGUUUUAAACUUCUAGAUCAAAUCGGUGUUGACUAUUUAGAUUUAUAGUUCUCGUAUCGAACACAGUUUCGCUGCGCGUUAUAGAGCCACCCUCCCUUAACGAAUCGCAGCCGGUAAAUAAGUUACAAUAGUUACCGUUCGUUGUACUUUUUAACACUUCUAAUCUCGCGAUAUUUCCUUUUGCCUUUAGAUGUGUUUUCAAUCGAAACUUUCUUUUUCGUAGUGACACUGCCCACUGUACAAUAACUGUCGAAUAACGUCCUCUUCGGUUGAAAAUUGAAAUUGAAAUUUGCGUCAAGAUGUCCUUUGCGUCAAUACUCGUUGGACAAAGAGUUUGUCUGUCUGUUACGAACUGAUUUAUUACAAAAACAAAAGUCUCAAUUUAUUGCAAUAAACAUAAGGCAAAUAAAGAAAUUUGCCUGGAGGCCGACGUCCCAUUGCAGCGACUACACAUAUCAACUGGAAAUUAAAAAGAUUGAAUUGAAAUAGAGUUAUAUCAGACUCCGCAAAACCCUCCUUAACCUUUCUUGGAAAGAUUGGAAAAAAUAUCCUAAAACAAUAUAACACUACGGUAGUGAACUUUUUGUUGUUUUCUUUUCUUCAUGAGCUAAAGGCCUGAAUUAGAUUACAGUGCUCGCCCUUUUUUGAAUUUUAAGGGAUCUUUUGCUGCAACCGUCUGAAAGCUAAGUCAAUAAACAGUGCGAAAUAUCCCCCAAAGACGACAGUACAUUUAAAAAUCUCCAUUUUCUUUUUCUUUUGAAAUUCUUGCAAAACUUUCAAUGCCUAAGAUUUUGAUUCUCUUUGGAUGUUUUUUUUUGCACAAUUUUUAAAGAACUUGGAAAUAGUCAUAGGAAGGUAAAAAAAAAGGUCUGAUUUAACUAAACAUUUCCUUCCGGAAUUUGGUAAAAGUGUCCAACUAUCGAGGCUAGGUUAUAAACAUGGAUUGUUGGGGGGAGACGACGGUUUUGCCCUGCGUUGCCUUUUCAUCGUCGACGAAAAUCGACAAGUUCUUGAAAUGCUGGAAAUAUUUGACAUUUUCCGUAUCCCCUAGCAAUAAAUGAGUUGCUAGUAAAUCGGAUCCUUGUGUUUGCGCACGGUUGUUUUGACUGAAAACAGCACGAUUUUGGUGAGAGAUCACCGCCUUUUCGCCGCCAUUUUAUAGAAAUGGUUUUAGGUAGUGUUGAUACGAGGGAAGCGUACGUUUUUGUAUGAUUAACCAUGAAAUAUGUGAUUAAAUCUGCCGAUUGACCUUUCACCUUAAGUAAGGUUUAUUGUGAAAUUGACAUCGCGCAAUGGUCUGGAAAUAUCACAAAAUUAACUACAAAUCGCCGGGAAAUGACUCAAUACUGUUAGUAAGUUGUAUUUAAGUGUGUACAGCUUGUUUUUCUACUUGUUUACGUUUUGGAUAACCAAAAAAUACGUCCUCAAAAUAUAUGUCAGUGGAAAUGGAACUUAUUUUUACAGACCUGUUGCUCUUCAGGGGGAUGAAACAAGCGACUUUUCAACUACAUAAAUAGUCACCGUUUUCUCAACAAUAAAAUUUGCUGCAGCGAUUUCUUCGGCUGAUCUAACUGACAAAUCAUGGUAGUUUACUGUAACUGCACAAUUCAUUCCAAUUUUACGUUCAGUGGCCAAAGCAUCCAACGGAAUCACCUUUAGGAAUCUUGUUUAUUGAAUUAAACAAAGUGCACAUAACUGUAUUGAGCGAGUAUUUUAUUGAAUUUUUGCCAAAUGGUGAUUAGAGUUAGGAAAUUGAUUAUUGAGUGCUGAAAAGAUGUCUAGAUACUGUAAUUCUGUAGGAAUCACUUUAAGACAACAACAGUUAUGAAUGCUGAAACACCGUAAUUCGUUUAACAGGCAUAAGCUGUACCGCACUUUUCCCAAGAAUAAAGAUGACGUAAAGUUCUUGGAUAACCUUCUCAAAUCAGGAGAGGAUGGCGUAAGUAGUAAGCCACAAAACCUAGGGCUGUUCGUAUCAUUGAUCCUUGCGUGACGCACGCGCGAUUAGCACACGCACUAGGACACUUAAAUUUGCGCACAAUGAUCGAUAGCAAGCAGCAGUGUUUAGUUGGAUAUUCGCGUUUUGAAGAUAUUUUUUUUGCGUGUUAGUUUUGACACGUGAUCAUUUUGGUGGUGUUUUGGCCGAUUAUUUUAAGGAAAGGUUUUUGUUACCGCUUCCUAACAGCGCAAACCAAAACCAAUCACUUCAUAGAGCAUGAUCGGUACAAUGGAACGUAAUGAGUCUUAGUCUACGAGAAAUCCCCACUUAGUAGUACUUUUGUCCUGUGCGUUUCUUUUGCCCGCGGGACUUGAGCAUGCGGGCCGGCGAGGGGUCUUCAGGGAGUCUGGCACUGAUAAUAGGUACCAGGCUCCCGGCAAAACUUUUCCCGACUCGUCUCAAAUCUUCCUGCGGGCGGAGAAACGUUCACUCUGCAGUGCUAAUAAUGAGGAUUUACUCUCUUGCUAAACGAGCCUCAGAGGACUCGCCUGAAGUGCAAAGGAAGGUGUGUUACCAAAUCGCGAGUGAUUUAUUUCUAAAGAAACUAUGGUGCUGCGUCGGUGGGAGAGUAUAACAAGUUAAUUUAUUAUUAUCAACUGAGUUGAUAACAUAAAUUGGCCAACAUAAAGAGUGUCAGAGCUGACGUUUUGAGUGUUAGCCCUUCAUCAGAGCGAAAGACGAAGGGCUAACGCUCGAAACGUCAGCUUUGAAACUCUUAAUUAAAACGAAAUCCUGCAAUCCUCCUGAAGUCUGUGAAAGGAUUAGAUGUGAUCGAACAAAACUUUUCAAGGAUCAUUUCUUAAGGAUUAAGCCUAACUUGACGAUAAAAUUGUCUCUCCUCAAUCCUCUUUCUAAAUACUUUGGUAAUAAUAGCAGUUAUGAAACUUUCAAUGCCUGUUAAAAAAUAAAAAUAGUUUAUAUGAAACUAAUUCUCAAUUUCAGAUCGAUUUUUGGACAUAUCCUACUGAUUCUCUGGACCCUGUUGAAAUUCACGUCGAGCCUAUUGCAAUCCAAAAACUUGAAGGUCUUUUAAAUGGUGCUGGUAUUUCCUUCCAAGUUUCACAAGAGGAUGUGCAACAUGCCAUAAAAAAAGAACAGGCAACCUCAAGGGCUUCAGGAUUUGACAGCAAAUAUCACAAGCUGAGAGAGGUAAGAAGUACACCCAGAGGGGUGGGAUUGGGUGCUAAAUCCCCGUCAAAUUUGCGGGGUAACUCGUAUCUGAAGAAUUAAUUGUUCGAACCGCUUGUGGUCCGAAGAUAUCGACCUACAAUCCCCUACUUAUCGCCUGUCGUCCAUCCUUUCGGAAGAAAUUUCUCUCGCUCUUUAAUCUUCCUCUGCUUUAAAAUUCAAAGUAGGUAUCCAAUUAUUUUAGCCCAAAAUCAGCGCGUGUGCACUGUGGACCACCAUAUCAUACGGAAAAAAAUAGCAUAAAGGAAAGGUAAGGUUAAAUUUUACCCAAGCGAAACUAUUCCGUUGAAUGACAAAUUUUCUUUCCCGUGACAAAGCUGCUCAGUUUGUACUGUGGUUUAUUUUUUUUUAUGUUUUCCAACCGCUUCUUCGACUUUGCAUGCCUUGCGUACCUAUGUCUUUUACUCGAUAAUGUACUUUUUCAUUUCAUGUAGUUACCGUCAUAUUGCGUAUCAAUUAAACCAUUUGCACUAUUUCAUGCUAUGCCCAUUAUUUUUUCUUUCCUUUCGGUAAACAUUUGGCCGAGCAAAUAAGCAAUUAAAUUAAAGAGCGUUAGUAUUUUUGCAUAAACUUACUUUACAGAUUCACUCUGAGAUACGAGCACUGGCCUCGAGACAUUCUGAUGUGGCAGGAACUUUUAGCUUGGGAAAUUCCUAUGAGGGCAGAGAGCAACUUGCUAUCAAGGUAUGGCAACGAGAUAAGAAACUUGCACAGGUCUUUGGUAUCGGUGCUCAAAGAAGCUUUAUGAAUUGGCAGUCUGUUUUUGAUUGGAGGCAAAACGCUUGUCAAACUAGGCUUAUUUAACAAAUUUUAUCUACUUACCUCCUCAGUCACAGUGCUUGAACUAUCCCUAGAAAGCACAGUAAUCACCUGAAAAAUCUUGUAAUUUAUAAUAACGUUUCUCAUGAUUAUUUUGAUAGUAAUAGUAAUAGUUUCUUAAAAAAACUGUAAAAUUUCCAGAAAUCACCCUUAUUUUCGAAGAAUCAAGUAAGCCAGAUUUGAAAUAUAGGGUUUUGUUGGUUUGUCUGUUUUUGUCAAUAUUGUUUCAUCGGUGAAAGCUUCAUUCUUGAUCAUAUUUUUGUCCAAUUUUCGGCUUGUUUUCAAUACCAAUUCCAUUUCCAUUUCUAGAUUCUAAAAGGCUCUGCGGCCAGCAAAAAAGGUCUGUUCUUCUUCAACUGUGGAAUUCACGCAAGGGAAUGGAUAAGUCCAGCUACUUGCAUGUACAUGAUACGACAGGUGAACAACAUUUGAUAAGUUUUAAUGUUUUGCAUGUGCUCUAACCUACCAGUAAAGCCGGGCUCACGCUUCCCUAAACUCUACGUGUUAGGACAAUUUCUUUUGCAUAUAUGCCGAUUUUAAUAAUAUCUGUUGUAAUAACUUGGUGUUACUAUUGUCUCAGCAUAUACAAACCUCGUGUAAAUCAUGUUUAAUUUCGCUUUGCACCGGAUAAAUCUCUAUCCGAUGGAUAGCGCAGGUUGUCUCGUUAACGCUUAUCCACAAGAUAUAAAUCCAUCCGUUGGAUAGCGUUAUGCACCCUUUGGGCAAGUGGGCCCAGGAAAAACUACCUCAGCUAGGCGAGGCAGUCUCGUAUACAAACUUUACCUUAACCUUUAACAUUUAUGAUUGGAAUUAUGUCAUCCGUUUCCCAGAUGUUGGAAACUCGAAACUCCAAUGCCGAUGUUCGGUUUAUGCUCGACAAUUACGAGUGGGUAAUUCUGCCAGUACUGAAUGUAGAUGGAUAUGAGUAUACACACACUGGGGUAUGUAAACAUAAUAAUGACACACAACCAAUCAGGAAAACUAUUUUCUACCACGUGAUACAAAUCAACCAAUCACUUAAAAAAACGAUGAAGGAAAAAUCAAAUCGCCAUCUUGGAUGCAAAACCACCCAUAUGGUUGGUUGAUUGUGCCACGUGGUACUAAAUACUCUUCUUUGAUUGGUUGUGAACCAUAUGAGCCCAAUAUACUAUUCCUACCAAAGUUUAAGGAAAAGUAUGCUCCCGAAGCCAUAUAAUUUUUCUUCUCCGCAAGCAAACUAUUUCCUUUCAACAAUUAGAUUGUUAGUGAUAGAUCAGAUUGUGGGAAGUACGAGGCGCAGCCGGGAGUGACACUAAUGUAAUGAUGUGAGUGCUUUACAUAAAUGGUUGUGAGGGACAUAUCAAUGAAUUCGUUUGUAGCCAUGAGGGACGAGCAACACAUAUUAUGCAAAUAUUUUCGGCCCUAAGCUUCAAGACCCGGCUAAUUUUGACUCUAAAGGUAUUUUCCUUUUGCAUAGCAAGAAAAGCUUAUUCUCAGUCGCUUUAUGUUGUAAUCAUACGAAAAGAAAAUUAAGGAACACUUUUAAAAAAUUUCCCAAUCGUUUGACAAUAAAGAGCCUUUUAAACUGGUGAUUAUUUCCUUCAUUUUCAUGGCCUUUACGUUUCAUUUAAGGGCAGAAGUGGAAGGAUAACUUCAAGAGAGGCCCUCCUAGUGGUUAAAGAGCAUCAAAAGGAUCUGUAAUUAAACACUUAUUGAAAACCCCUCCGUGACCCUUCCUGCUUAUGCUUUAACCUUUUAACUCGUAAGAAUGACAGGCAUCCAAUUUUUCCUCACGGUAUCACUAUUGAAUCAAACAUCAGGGUCGCGAGAAUAACGAAAACGAUCAUCGGAGGUCUUGAUUGUUGAUCUGAUUCUUCACGUUAGUCACAUAGGGAGUCUACAGAGCACAGUGAGGGGAAUAUACAUGUUGAUAUCAGCGUGUAAAGGCUUGAAUCGAGUACUCCUAAACAUUUUUUUUAUCUGUCCUUACCCAGAGUAUGCGUAAAGUAGACAUUUGUUUUGAAUCUAAUCUAUCAGAAUCGCAUGUGGAGAAAAACGAGACGCCCAAAUAAGGAUGGGAGUUACGGAGCUGAUCCAAACAGAAAUUUCAAUUAUCAUUUCGCAGGUAGGACAAUUUAACUUUUGGUGAUGUCUCAGUGAAACAUAAAUAGACUCUCAAACCUCUUAAAGAUAAUAAUACAAAGUCAAAACUCUUUAAAAUCCUCAACUACCAGCACCCAAAUGAUAACUUUUUUUGACAGUUGUCUGCCAAAGUCUGGGUCUUUUUCGGAUCAAGCGUUUAAGCUAAUUAAGAUUGGCCUGGUUUUUUCCGUUUUUAUUAUAGAACAACUGUUUAGGUUAAUUUUCACGAUCAACUCUUUUAGCCCGCAUAUGAAAAAGCGUGAGUAGCAACCGCUGUCAUUUUCGCGGGCUUCAGCUGCUGGCCAAGACGCUCCAUGUGAACAAACACUGAAGAGUUGCCGCACUGAACUUAUGAGUGCGGAGAAUACCGAUGAAGACUCUUCCCAGGAACUCCUUCAAAUAUUUGUUGCAGCGAAGAGAGAGAGGUUUACAAGCAGCUCCCUGUUAAAACAUUUAUUUACAUUUUACGAGGAUAGAUAUCAUAUCCAGUGCGAGGGACAAAGAGGUAAUUAUUGUGUUCUUACUAACCUUCCGAUAUUAUGAAUUAUUCAGGAGUUGGAACUUCACAAAGACCAAACAGUGACAUAUAUACUGGAGAGCGACCAUUUUCCGAGACAGUGACCUACAAUGUUGGGAAAUAUCUCUAUGAGCGUAGAUACGAGCUGAAGGGAUACAUUGAUUUUCAUGCAUACAGUCAAUUGUGGAUGAGUCCGUGGGGAUACACCAAAGCGUACCCCCCAGAGUACGCGAGGAUGGUAUGCAAAUGAUCAAAAUAAUGGCACCUAGCAUCUCUUUCAAGGCUGCUCCGGUUUACUGUAUUUAUUAGAUUAAACGCCCAUCCUGUAGAUAGGGAGAGUAAAUAAGCACCAAUCCCCGCCACUCCCCACUUCCCCCUCCCCCACAAAAAAGGGUAACCAAAGUGCACAAGCGGAGUAUUAAUCGUUAUUUAUUUUCUGUCUUAUAAUCUCUAAAUUCACUGUUAUGGCCUAUCUUCACAUUUUGUUAUUAUUCAUUAUAAUGUUGCAAAAUGAAUUUACUCCUUGUUGAACAUGGUAAAAAUUGAAUAAGCCCCCAGCCUCGAACAAGCGCCGACCUCGAGUGAGUGCUUACCUCAAAUAUGUGCCCACUCGAAAGGUCCAAAAAUUCAACAAGCACCGAGGGCGCUUAUCAAAUAAAACAGUUUGUUUUAAAAUUCAGAUGAAGAGUAAUGUUUAUUAGAGAGAGAGAGCAGACUUGUUGUAAUUGGAAAAUUAUGAGAGAUCUAGCUUAUGCUCAAAAUGAUUUACUGUAAUUGGCAGUCUCACCAGAGACGGAAGUCUUCAAGUUGCACUAGUUGCCUCAUCGUAUAUUUACAAAAGCCUACGCCCAAUAAAAUUCAAAGUUCCUUCCGCGUUUUACAUUAUCUAUACAAGAUAGAGUUACUGUAGGGUUGUGUUUGACUAUCCAAGAUGAUUUACCACUGAUGCUGUGCCAUUUUGUCUUAUUUUGUAAAGAAAAAAGCCAUGCAAGCUGCUGUCAAGGCACUCACAAAUGUGCAUGGAACCAGCUACAAAUAUGGACCGGCUGCCAUAACCAUUUGUAAGUAUGAAGUAUUUAUAAUAUGGCGCGGUAACCUCGAGGUAAAUCCGAGCGUUCUGAUUGGUUCCUUCUUAGUCGGUAUUUGCCCAUCCGGACCGUUUCCAUGGAAACGGUCAUGAGCUGUGUCUUUUAGUUCGCUAAAGCCGGAAAAAUUCAAGAUAAACAAGUUUAGUCGGAGCGCCAUAUAAUAGACUUCUUGCUAACCUCGUUUGCUCGAUCCGUACUGAAAAGUAUUGGCCCUUUUUCGUUUUUGUGCGGCCUUGAGCCAAUAUUUCCCACACUUGGUUCGUAAGAAGUUAUUAGAAGUAUUCAGAGACUCAAUCAAAUGAAACGCUUUUUUAUCCUUGAGGAACCCAAGCCACAGAUACAGAACAAUGCUUCAUUGAGCGUGUGAACAAACCCGAGAUUAUAAUGGUUUCGCUCUUCUACGUACCGCGAAUGGUCUGGAAAACUCGUGCCACUCUCUUAACUAAUCAGAUGCGAACUAAAUCUAACACCGAUCAAAACUUGAUCAUUCGCCCUGACUGUUGCCUCGGGAAGUUUACAUGUUUUUGAAUCUGUUUUCAUUUAUAUUUUCAAUAGUUCUGACCGACCGAUUUGACUGCUUCGGCUUUGAUGUCACGAAACUCAAUUAAAAAGAGCUUAAUUAAGAGGAUAUCGUCAUAAGUGAUGUUUUCAAAUGAGUGAGUGAAAACCAAAACCGAAGUUAUCAUAACUGAUAAUCAGAAAAAAAAACCUUAACAUCGUCAGUCUCCAAUAAGACUCAAAGUAAAAGCAGGCAACUUGUUUGAAGCUCAGGAAAACGUGAAUGACCGAGGCGCGAUUGUUUUCUAGUUUUGCAUCCAAUUGGUUGCAUUAGGGGAUCGCGCGAGUCUCCUUGACCAAUCACAGAGCAAAGUUGAGCAUAUUUUGUAAGGAUUAUUUUCGAUACUCAGUUGAAAAAUUGCUCUGAGACAUCACUGGUUUUAUUUCGUUCCCAGAUCCCACCACUGGUGACACAACUGACUGGACAUUCGGUGUCUUAGGAGUGGUACAUUCCUACUGUGUAGAACUCCGGCCAAAAACUUACGGUCAAGGGGGAUUUAUACUUCCCCCGGAUAAGAUUAUCCCCGUGGGGCAGGAAACAUUUGCAGGAUUAAAGGCUCUGACGAGAAACAUGUAAACAAGAACAAGUGUUAAAUGAGGGAAUUUUUCCUGCUGUGAGUUUCGUCUUUAAGUUUCCUAGAAAGUUUAAUGGUGAAUAAACUACAGAUCAAGAG